AUGAAAGAAUACAAAAUCGUCGUAUUGGGAAACGGUGGAGUGGGAAAGAGUGCUCUGACUCUUCAAUACGUUCAAGGAAUUUUCGUUCACAAUUAUGAUGCUACAAUUGAAGACUCGUACAGAAAACUGUCCAAAGUAGAUGCUGAAAAUGCCAGACUCGAAAUUUUAGAUACAGCGGGAACGGUAUGUUUUAAAAAUGAAUUUCCCUGGAGAACCGAUAAAAAAAAGAUUAUUAUGAUGGUAUGUAAAAAAUCAAAGCUGUGGACAAGAAACGCCAGUGUAGAAGAAUCUGAUGUUUGA